AUGAAAGUUGGAAUUAAUAUAGAAGAUGUAAUUCUAAAGGAGGUUGGUACAGGAGAAAAAACAAUGUUUUGGCAUGACAGGUGGACUGGAAAUAUGACCUUAAAAGCUUCCUUCCCUGAAAUGUACAAACUGGAGCGACACAAACACUGCAUGGUCAACGAAAGGAUUCUCCCUGGAGGCUUGGUCUGGAACUGGAAGGCUUCUAUCACCUCACCUGAGCAGAUUCGUGAAGCCGACUUGCUUCUUAAUAGGGUGAGUAAUAUUCAAUUAGGGACAAGAAAUGAUAAGUGGGUUUGUAAGCUCUCCAAUGAUGGCGUAUUUCAUGUGGAAGACCUUAGACUGCGAAUCGACCGGAGAGACAUGCAACCUGGUGAAGUAGCAAUAACCUGGACACACGACGUACCCUUAAAGGUUAAUUGCUUUAUGUGGAGAGCCUACCUUGAUCGAAUCCCAACUGCUUGCGCCUUCAUCAAAAGGGGUAUUCAAGUCACAUCCCCCACGUGUACCUUCUGUGAAGAUAAAGAUGAAGAUGUUGCUCAUGUCCUUCUUCAAUGCCCAAUGGUAGCCAAAGUCUGGGAAUGGGUAUUCCAAUGGUGUGGCAUACCUGGUUACCAAUUUUGCAACAUGCAUGAUUUGGUGAAAUUCACAACCCAAUGGGGGUCGUGUCCAAAGAAAAGGAGAUGCUUAGUCAACAUUUGUUAUGGAACCAUAUGGCAUAUUUGGAAGGCUAGAUGCGACUGGAUUUUCAAGAAGAUUAGGCCCUCGCCAGCCAAAGUCGUCGAUCUGAUAAAAUCUAAUGUAUUCAUAUGGUCUAAGUAUAGGAGGAGUCAAUGCUCUAUGCAGUGGAUAGAAUGGUGUGUUAACCCCAUAUGUUGUUUGUAA